UCUUGACAAUAACCCAUAGAUUCUCUCUGGGGUUCAGGUCUGGUGGGUUUGCUGGCCAGUCAAUCACACCAACACCAUGGCAAUUGAACCAAAUUUUGGUGCUUUUGGCAGUGUGGGCAGGUGAACUUUUCCUUGACAUUCUAAUUUAUUGAGAAGCACCUGUAUAUGCGCCUAGCAUGCCUAGAAUUGUAAAAUAUGUUCAAAUGUUAAAAAUAGUGUAGUUUUCCAACUUGGAUAGCUUCAAAACACAAAACGAAAGUCUUAAAAUAGCAUUCCACUUUUUGUAUAAAUAAACGUGAGGAAGUCGCUUUUAAAGAGCUUCCUCUGACAACCUUGAGAUGCAACUGAAACUUGUGUGCAGCAGCAGGCAGUAAUUUAGGUCUGAGAAACCCAUCCAUGCACUGACUUUGUGGUCAUGGUACAGUUUAUUCUUUUUGUAUCAUAUCUACAUUUUCACACGUGACCUAAAUGAUAGCUUCCCUGCAUCACACGUGCUUACAACCUCCCACACUGUGUGGUUAAAAUAACUAGACCGGUUUUUCAGUGCAUAAAAAUGCUCUAUAGAAGAGGUGGAGAUAGUUUCAAGUAAAUGAGGUAUGGAGGACAUUUGUUUUAACCAUUUGAACUCCCUUGCAGUUUUAGUUUUUCACAGCUGAAGGCCAAGAUGUUACUGCACUAUUGUAGUUUAGACAAUGGGUAACACCUCUUUUAUAUUGGUCCAAUGAAUGAAGCUCAAAAAAAAAAAAAAAAACUUUUUUGAUUGGCUAAUGUCUGUGUGAACAGAUAAACUUCGUUGGGUGUUUGACAUGGAGUAAACGCAUGAGCACAUAGUGCUCUUGAUUUUCAUGACUUAAAUUAUUGGUAUUUAAAAGGAUUUUAAGCUUUAGUUUGCUUUUCUUUCAGUCUACAAAUCUUAGUAUUACGACCCUGUUUCUGAAUUUCUGACUAAAAUUACACCGCUACCUCAAACCAUCAUCACUUCUUCAUUUGCACCAUCAUGUGUUAGAACAUCAGGUCUCUGCAAAAUGAAAAAGAGGAUGCCGUUUCGGAAAUAUGCAAUGAUAUUAUCAAAGUGUAACGCUGUGACUACAUGUGCGUGGAUUCUGCUUUUUUUGUUUCCUGCUGGACACGGAUUAUUUAACAGCACCUCAGUUCAGACUGUUCAUCGAGGAAUGUCAGUCAAUAUCAGCUGUAACUAUAAACCAUCAAAUGACACAGAAAGUUUCAUAGUGGAACUGCAAACUAACAAUAAACUGUGCUCAGCAAGGAAAAUGAACACUUCAUGGAAAGAACAUCUAUGCUGCAAUCACUGUAGAUUCAUCUGGAGUCUAGAAACUGUGCAAAUGACAUUUGAGGUUUCAAACUUGCAGAUAAAUGAUACUGGCACAUACAAAUGCAUUGUGACAAGAUCCAUACCACCUCCUUCUGUGACUUUAAGAGAAGAAAGAACAUUUGUCCAAGUGAUCGCACAACCCACUGUGUCUGUGACACAUGUAAGAGCAAUGAGUGGAUUUCCCAUGAUGCUUUGUAUCUCUGAGGGGUUUUACCCUUCUGGUCUAGACCAGAUGUGGAUUAGAAACGGAGAAUUUCUGAACGGCUCUCUCACACACAGCAUUAACAAAACCAACCCAGACAGCUCAUUCACCGUCCAUUCAUACUUGAAUACAUCUGACUGUGUGAACUACUCGUGUUGGGUAAACCACUCAUCCCUGAGCCAACCAACAAUACACCACAUGAGUCCUAAUGAAUGUUACAGGAACAAAGCUCUCUUUAUAGAUGAGAAUGUAUGGAUAAUUGCGGUGACCUCAGCGAUGAUGAUUCUCACCAUACUGAUUCUCACAGUUGUGUGCGAGCGUUCCAGAAGAGCACAACACAAGUCUCCUGUAAGAAUGAAUGCUGCACCUGCUUCUGAUCUCCAUUCUCAGGUGGAGUAUGAAGUAUAUUCAAUGUUGGGUCACCAUCGUCCAGUCCCAUGCAGCCCAGUCAGUGUUCGCUCAUCUCCAAAUGAAGACAUUUUACUUUGAUAGAUUUCUUGAUCCACUUAUAUCUUGUUCACCAACCUGAUAACAACUUGUGUAUGUAAUAUGGAGUUAUAUAAUUUAUACAUGAUUAUUUAAUCAUGCAUAAACUUGGCUGUAUAUAUGUUGACAAAAUAUAUGACACAUACAAAUUAUUAUUAAGUCUAUGUUAUUUGCCAGAUUCAGCUCUAAAAAUCCAGUGAAGUGGCUUCCUGAGUUUAUUUUCUUUCCUGUGCUGGCUUAUGAAAAAAAAUAUACUCUAUUCAUGUCACAUGUUGUUUGCAUGUUUUCCCUUCCAUUAACCUUGCAUGUAGACACUGUGUGGUUAAAAUAACCACUCAACAGUUAUCUGAAUACUUAGGGAAUAAAAUGUACAUGAAAUGACUUGACCACGAUAAGCUGUAAAACACUGUAACAUGAAAUAUAUGAUUGGACAAUUAUGAAGGAGAACAAAUGUAGUGCUUGUAAAUAUAUGUUUUUUGCAUAUAGUUCUGAGAUUAAGGUUUGAAGCAGUGCUAGAAGGUCUUCUGUCAAAGGGCAUUCAACUUGAGGAAUCUCAGUUAUAUUGAAUGGCUGAUAUAUUUUAACUCAACUACAUUUACAAGAGAUACAAAUAGAGAAAGAUAAAACAAGCAUGAGUGAUAAAAUACCUGUAUAAAGUUUACUAAAUAACCUUUGUUGCAUCCUCUUUAUGAUAAGUCUUCAAGUACAUGAAGUUUGGUUUUAUGAAGAAAUUAGAUUAUAAAGAAAGAUCAAGUAUAUAAAAGAGAUAAAGACGAAUGUGAAUUAAGACGUUAGCAAUUGUCAUCCAGAUGACGUGCCAGUGUUUAAGUACACAUAUUACAUGAAUGUAAGUAAUAUAAAUAAACAAAUAAUGUUACUAAAUAUAUGUUACCUAUAUCAUUUGUACAGUACUGUUGAUAAAUUGAAGUGCAUCGGUCUUAGAUAAAAAGCAACAAUGUUGUGUUUAAUGUUAAGAAAAAUGUUUUGUGAAUUAUUGAGUUGUUUAAGUGGCAAGUUAUUCAGGAAGAUUGUAAGAACUGUAUGACAAUCUGUUAUGUACAGUAUGUGUUAAACAGUGUUGAGCAUUAUUAUGCCACCUACUAUCUGAGUUUUACUUUUGAGCGAGCUAAUUUAUUUCAUUAAACUUUGGUUUUUACUUAA